GUCUUGGCCACACUCACUGGAGCUAUGAAGACCGGGAUCGCUGGAGUGAGGACUACAAGGACUGCGGGGGCACCAUGCAGUCGCCCAUCAACAUCAACAUGGCCAACACCAUCUUCAGCCCCCAGCUGCGGGCGAUCCAGCUCUCUGGCUACAGCCUGCCUGCCAACGAGAGGCUCAAGCUGAGGAACAAUGGGCACACGGCUGUCCUCGAGCUGCCGCAGUCCCUGGCCAUCACUGGUGGUUAUGCCCAGCAGUACCGAGCAGCGCAGCUACACCUGCACUGGGGCGCAACAACAGGACCGGGCUCGGAGCACACCAUCAACGGGCACCGCUUUGCUGCGGAGAUCCAUGUGGUCCACUACAACACCAAGUAUGACAGCUUUAAGGAGGCAAUGGUCCAUCCAGAUGGCCUGGCCGUACUGGCAGCCUUCCUGGAGAUGGGCCCAAGGGACAACCCGUACUAUCAGGAAAUCCUUGAGCAUAUGCACCAAAUCCAAAGAGAAGGUGAGGAAGUCUGGGUGCCUGGGUUCAACAUCGCAGGUCUGCUGCCUGCCAAUCUGAAGUACUACUACCACUACAAUGGCUCUCUGACCACCCCUCCCUGCUACGAGACAGUGAAGUGGACAGUCUUCAACCAGACCAUGCUGAUCUCUCGUGACCAGAUGUUGAAGCUGAUAACGAGCCUGAGGAACGAUGAUGGCAAACCUCUGCAGAGCAACUACCGGCAGAUCCAGGGCCUGCAUGGGCGACGGGUGCUGGCGAGCUUCCAGACCACCUUCUUUUCACCAAAGCAGCUGCCUGCUGGUAGUGACAGCUCAGCUGCACCAGAGGAACACUCCAGCUCUUCAUUUCAAGCAGGGGAUGUCCUGGCCGUGCUCUUCGGGGUGCUCUUUGCCAUCACAGCACUGGCCUUCCUGCUGUACAUCUACAAGCAGCGCAGCCAGAACACACGGCUGGACUCGCCAACGAAAUCCAAGGUCAUCUACACUGCAGCCACCACUGAGAACACCGCAUGA